CAAAUCAAUUUUCUUUUAAUUGAAAUUGCCACAUAGCUGUCAACACCUAUCGAAUUUUAUAUACUUGAAAAAUUAGUUUUCUUACAUGUAUCGCCUAAUAUCUUCGUUAGUCAGAAGAAAUUUACCAAUUCAUCCAAAACGGAUCCAAACAAGCAGUUCGAGAUGCGAAUCACAGUCCGUGCAACUCGGAAAUCCGUUUUGUUUAGAACCAAUAGAGUACCAAAGCCACACGCUAAAACGCCACGACAAUUGCAAACGGCAACGUCUCUACGAAUUCGGCUUAUACGUCGCCGCCUGCCUCCCUAAAUAUGUGCAAAAGGUGCAAAUGCAACACACAGACGAAUUAGAAAUUUUAGUCGCACCCGACGGAAUAUACCAAGUACUGAGUUUCAUGCGAAACCAUCAACACGCUUGCUUUGGCCAUUGUUCGUGUGUCACUGCGAUAGAUGUACCGAGCAGGGAAUUUCGUUUUGAAGUCGUGUAUAACUUGUUGAGCUUGCGUUUUGGUGAGAGAACCAGGGUGAAAACCUAUACGGAUGAACUAACGCCACUCCACUCCGCCUAUAGCUUAUGGCAUGUUUGUAAUUGGUGGGAAAGGGAAGUGUACGAUAUGUUCGGUGUUGUGUUCACUCAUCAUCCAGAUUUGCGAAGGAUUCUCACUGAUUACGGCUUCACUGGUAAUCCGCUGCGAAAGGACUUCCCUUUGACCGGGUAUACGGAACUUCGAUACGACGAUGAGUUAAAGAAAAUUGUCUACGAGCCAGUUGAAUACUCGCAAGAGAUGCGCUCUUUUCAAUUGGAAUCACCUUGGAAUUAUUACAAGAACUUUCAUGAAGGCUACAAUUGUCCCAAGCCACCGCAGACUCAAAAAUAAGCCUAUUUAAUACUCAUUGUUUGAUGUGUUAAUUACUUAAAAUAUAUUAAACCAUU